ACUAACAUGAGAAGAGACCGCCAGAAUCUUCAACGAUUGCUUGCUGAAUUGAACUAUCUACUUCAACCCUUACACCGAGUAUUCUCAAAGCACCAAGCAUAUAACAAACAUCAUCACUGUUCAAUAAAUUUUCCACCACAGUUGUUCCUUGUGAAGAAACAUGCAAUCAAGCCCAAAACAUAUUAACAGGCAAAAAUUAACAAAUAAUUAAGUGCAACAUUUCUCUAAGACCAUCUCCAUUUCUCCAAUCCAUUACACUAAGGGCAUCUCCAACCGUGCAGCAUUUGUGAAGAUUUACAGUACAUCCAUCUCCAAUGGUGCUUCAAUUAGCAACCCAAAUUGGUGAUUUACUCUCUCUUUAUUCAGAUUGGACCCAAAUAUAGGUAUUCACUAUUCAUGUUGCAUCUCAACCUUUUUAUUUGCAGUUAACUCUUUCUUCUUCUUUUUAAUUUGAAGGGACAAUUAACUCUUGCAAUGAGAUUAAUUCUAAUUAAUACGGUGCACUACAAAAAGAAUCGAGAUUAUAAGUAGUAUAAUCCUGCAAUCAAUACUUCAAAUUUUUAUCUUAAUUAAUACCUCAUUUCAAUAUUGGAGUCAAUAUUAUCAUUUUGUGAAAAAGGUCCGAUUCAACAUUCAAGUCAUCUAAUUCUACAAUCAAUUGUACAAUUCAUUCGUUUAUGAUUCUAAUCUACGAACUAACUCUAAUGAUAGACAUAUGAAAACGCAUCACCUCGAUUAGUGGAGAAAUUGAAAUCGUGGGUUGAGGAGGAGAUAGCCGUUGUUUUCCGUCGGCUUUAUGCACAGAUGGACGGAGAAGGAUGAUCAAAGUGCUGAUGAACGUCGAAAAGUAGAGGACGACAACUAUAGACGAUGAAGGAAACAACGAUGGACUCCCUCUGGUCGCUCGAUCGCUGAAGCACGAAGGGAGGGGAGAUGGCAACACGUCGUUUGGGUUCAGAAAACGAAAUUAGAAGGGCGAUUUGAGAUAUAAAUGUCCAUCAAUUGAGUUUUUGUUUCAAAAUUGCCACUUUAAAAUUGAACCGUUGGAUCGCAUGUGAAAAUAAAAUUGCACCGUUAGAUCUAGGAAGAGGAUUUGAUUGUGUUUUUAUAUAUAUAAUAGAUUCUUAACCUACCUAUCACAUCACAUUUUUUUACUAUUAAUCUAUCCAUCACAUCUAACGACAUUUUUUGAAAAUCAACACAGAAAUAUACUUUCUUUAAAGCUUUUAAAAGUCAAAAUCAAAAAAGUUUUGUGGGAAGGAGGGAGUAGAAAAUUACACAAUGCAACUAUGUUCCAAGCAUAGAACUGCAUUUGGAUCUAACCAACAAGGAUGAACAUAUAACCAUAUAAAUCAUACCCUGCUCUCAAUUAUUGACACCAUACUCUUCAGCUAUCUCAUUCUAGGAAGUAAGAGAACAAACAAACAAAAAAGCCCUCAAAUGCAUCACCAUGACCCUGCACAACUCACACAAAAACUGUAUGGUGCACAACACACAAGUAUUAUUUAAACACUUGUGCUCAUGCAACCUGACAUUACUUCUUUUUGUAGAUAAUGGAGAAUGGCAAACAACAAUUCAAGAUCUCUUACAUAACAAUCCUUGCCUACAUCUUUAAACAUCUACAUCUUAUGGGUAGAUCAAUAAAUUUCCCUUGGUAUGUCUGCCUAUGUAUGAAACAUAACAGUAAAAAUAAAAAUUACCUCUAUAUGUACGCCUAUGUAUCAAUAAAAAUACAUAGGGUUAAGACAAACAAUCCUGAUCAGCCUAUUGAGUCUCUUAACCUACAAUGGAGGACUACAGAUGAUGUCUAUGUUCUUCAAAUCCAACUUUUUAAAUAUUUCCAACUCGCACAUGUGCACGCAUUAGAUGAUGACUCUGAGAAAUCAGUAUACGAUAUGUCCAAACAGAAACAUGUCUUCAUAAUAAAAGGCUUCGUAAGCAUUAAACCUCUCGAUCGUGCUUGGUUUGUUUAUGAAUCAUCUGACCCACUACAAGAGUUCAUACAAAAAAUUAGAAUGGCUAAAAUUAUGGAUUCUCAUAAACAAAAGAUCAUUGAAAAGCUAAUUCUGUGAGUUUAUUCCUUAAGUUGAUAAACAUUAUUAUUUUUAAAUGUUUAUGAUUUAAAUAUCUUAAAAAAUUGUUCUUAGAAGCCUAAUUUAUCUAAUUUCGUUUAUUAUUUUAAGUGUUUCCUAGCAAGCCCGAGAGAAAAACACAAUAUGGGAUUCUUCCAUGGCUGUUUGAGGGAGAAAGGAUCUCUCUUUGUCACAGAGGAAGUCAUUCCCAAAUUUGAGAACUUCCAAGGUCACCCAAAGAUUAUCACCGACACUUGAUGUGACGAUGAGGUGGAAGAUUUGAAGAGUAUAAAAGAAGUUCUAAGAGAUGCCAUAAUGCCAAUGGAAAAUAUUCUUGAUUCUCAAGUUUUUAGAAUUAUAGACUCGUUCAUAGUUGUGUCAAUACAUUUUCACUUAAUGCACUCACAAUUUUACACAUAUUCUAACUUUUUUUUGUCAUUAGGCUUACAACAUCUAUCAAGCAUCUUCAAAAUAUACAUCACCAUCCGACAUUUUUGAGUUCAGAGCGACUCAUGGAAUACAUAAUCGUAACGCAUGAAAAGAUACAUAAUAUUCAAGCAAAACAUCAGACUGACCUAAAUGAAAUUGUAAUAUUAUUAAAUUCGAAGGCUGUCAAUCUUUGAUUCAUUCUAUUUCAGAGAUUAUACUGAUAUUUUAAUCGUGGGAAAUGUAUGAUCUUCUUUAUAAAUCUUGAAUGAGUUAUUUUCUUAUUUUUGUUUCAAAUAAAGUACUCAUGUUGUUUUAAUCACAAGGGAUAAAGAUACAGAACCAGCCUAUCUGGAUACUCCACGGGGGUUUAUUCAUUUUGCAUGAAAUAUCGGAGUUCACAGAGUAAAUUUCAAUCUUGAGUAGCAUUGUUGUUAAUAUAUUGUUUAAAAAUGGAAAUGGAUAUAACGUCAUUAUGAAAAAUUUAAAUGUCAUUAAUGGUUUGUAUUAAUUACAAUAAUUAUUAUAAUGAUUU